UCAACCACCAAGACCUUUUCCUGUUUCUCUGGGGCCUUUAUCUGGGCCUCUCUCUCCGUCUUCUGAGCUCCUUUAAUGGCGGAUCUUUACCCUUAUGCGCAGGAAAUCGUGUUUAUGUGUGCUUGCAGUUUCAGUGGCAUUCAUAAGUAGUUCAGAUUGAAAGUUCGAAAGAUUCGAUGUAUCGAAUGUUGCUGAAUAUUUGCUUUGGUGUCACCUGAAGAAGUUCUUUUCUGAAUGAAGCUUUCAGGAUGUUCAUUUACUUGUAUCUUGAGGGAGUAACAUUUGUUCAAGUUGAAUGAUUUGAUCUUGCAGACUCUUAGCAUUGGUACAACCUGAAGAAAAAAUUCAUCUUGCAAGAUUGUCAUUCAUUUGAGGAUUGAGGCAGAAAUUUCGUUCGAAUUGGGCAAAAUAGUUAGUGGUUGUAAUCUCACAUUCCCAAGGAUUAACUUUAAGAUUUGAAGUUUGGUUGAGUAAAUGGUUAAGUUUUGAACUCGGUCUAUCACCUUCUUGUUUGAAUAGACAUAUUUUUGGGGUUAGAUGCACUGAGCAUUUGGUGUUUCUUGUAGUUCUCAGAAUUUCGAUUAGUUAUUUUGCCGAUGUUCGGGGCUGAAAUUCAGUUGUUGAAAUUUUGAGUGAGUGGUAUACAUAAAAGACACAUUUGGGGGGGUGGUUUCUGUUUUGGAUUUUAAAAUUGAAGGGGCAGCAAGGUUUUGGGUAUUGUUUAGAAUGGCUCCCAUUUCUUUCGCUCGGCGAGCUGUUCAGAGGUUUGUAUCAUUGACUCGACAGUGUGCAAGUGUAGGAAAUGAUUCUAAAGUGUUACUCAGGGAUAUUGAGAGUCAGAGGAGAUUGGGUGGAGUUCGAGUGUUGGUCAGCUUUGCUGACAAGUUGAUAAACACUAAUAAAGAGAGCAAGUUGGCGAACACCAAUAAAGAGACCGUUUAUAGUUUUAGAGAAGAUACUAGAACGUUAUAUCACACUGCUCAACAAAGAAGGUCCUUUCUUGGUUGUGGGGAUGGUGAAGAGGGUAAUGUUCUUUCGAAGAACUACGAGGAGAGGCGAGUGCUUGGGUAUUCCCCAGAACAGCUAUACUCGGUUGUUGCAGCUGUUGACAUGUAUGAAGAUUUUGUCCCAUGGUGUCAGCGUUCAAGGAUUAUUCGUCAAAAUAGUGAUGGGUCAUUUGAUGCAGAGUUGCAGGUUGGUUUUAAGUUCCUCGUUGAGAACUACAUCUCUCAUGUAGAGCUAAAGAAGCCUCAUUUAAUAAAGACAACUGCAUCACAAAGUGGUAUUUUUGAUCAUUUGAUAAAUAUAUGGGAGUUCAAUCCCGGACCUGUCCCUGGAAGUUGUGACAUUUAUUUCUUGGUUGAUUUCAAGUUCAGUUCGCCACUUUAUCGACAGGUGGCAUCCAUGUUCUUUAGUGAGGUGGUUUCUCGACUCGUCUCUUCAUUCACUGAGCGAUGCCGGAGUAUUUAUGGACCUGCAGUUCGGGUCCUCGAAAACCCAUAUGGAAACCGGGCUUAACUCAGACGCACACACUCAGGAAAACACACACUCUCUCAAUAUUUUUGUUACCAGAGUCCUAACAGGAAAUUAUUUGUGGAGACCAGAGGGCUUAAGUCUCUCUCUCCUUUCUCUCUCUCUCGCACACCCGCACAAAAUAUUUGUAAGCAGAGUAAUGAUUCGUCACAGCAUUUGUUUUGUUAUUGGGCAUUUUUUGGAUUCUUGUUGUAGGUGCCUUCAAAGUUACUGUGUUAAAUGAGGCCAUUCUUUCAUAGA